AACCCCUACACCAUUCUUUCUCAGGUUCCGCCCAAGGCUAAAUUUUUUUCAGUAAUUGAUUUGGCUAAUGCUUUUUUCAGCGUGCCCGUCCACAAAGACAGCCAAUUCUGGUUCGCUUUUGAAUUCAACGGAAAGUCAUAUACCUUUACCAGACUAUGCCAGGGGUAUUCAGAAAGCCCUACAAUUUACAAUAUGGCACUGAAGGACAGCCUGGAUGAUCUUGUCUUGUCCCCAGGCACCGCCCUGCUGCAGUACGUUGACGACUUGAUGAUCUGCAGUGAGGAUCAGGAAACUUGCACAGCAGACACAAUCAAGCUGCUGAAACACCUGCAUGCUGCUGGACACAGAGCAAGUCUGUCUAAAUUGCAGUUUGUUCAGACUGAAGUUACCUUCCUAGGUCACAUCAUCACCGGUGAAGGAAAAUCCAUUUCACCUAAAAGAGCUGAAGCUAUUCAGAACCUGCGUAAACCGUGCACAUACAAACAGCUUAUGUCCUUUUUAGGCAUGUGCUCUUAUUGCAGGAAUUUCAUUCCUAACUGCGCCGUCUUGGAGGCUCCGCUUAGAGCGCUGAUGCAGACGUCUUCUGCAUCCACCACCCGCCUCACGUGGACGUCUGAGGCUGAACAGGCGUUCACCGACCUCAAACGUGCUCUUCAGUCGGCUCCUACUUUGGGUCUACCUGACCCUACGCGACCUUUCACCCAAACAGUGGAUGAGAAAUCAGGUUGUAUGACCUCUGUCCUUCUACAGGAUCACGGAGGACGUCCGCGCCCUGUAGCCUAUUUCUCUGCUAAGCUUGACCCAGUCGCUGCGGGGCUCCCACGAUGCCUCCGAGCAGUGGCUGCGGCAGAGAAAGCCGUGCUGGCAUCACGUGACAUUGUUGGGUAUUCUGAUGUCACCCUGCUGGUUCCUCAUGCCGUGUCUUUGAUCCUUUUGGAACAAAAAACAUCACAUCUUUCUACAGCCCGAUGGCUUAGAUACAACACCAUCUUACUGGACAUGCCAAACAUCACUGUCAAAAGGUGCAAUGUGCUUAACCCAGCCACUUUGUUUCCAGGCCCUGACGAUGGCGAGCCUCACAACUGUGUUUCGGUGUUGAACCAGGUCUGCACUCCGCGCCCAGAUCUGUCGGAGGUGCCAAUUCCUAACUGUGACCUCGUUCUCUUUGUUGAUGGCUCCGCCUCUAGAGACCCUGCUUCGGGCCGCUGUCAGGUGAAAGCGGCUCUGCCCAAACAGGCGACAGAACCACUGCACAUCAUUCAACCAGGAGACUGGGUGAUCAUUAAGGAGCUUCGCAGGAAGCACUGGAACUCAAAGCGGUGGCAAGGUCCCUUCCAAGUCCUUCUGACGACCAACACGGCUGUGAAGAUCGCAGAAAGAGCGACUUGGAUCCACUCCAGCCACUGCAGGAAGGUCCCGGAUCCGACAGACGACCCUCCAUCUGCAUCUACACCACACGAGAAAGCCACCACUGACGAAAAGAACUGAGAAGGACGACCCUCGCUGUGCUCACACACGCACUGAGGCGAGGCUGCGUUGACCGUUCAGCUAAAGGUGUGAGCCAAGCGCCGCCUGAAGCUGCGCCGGUGAAUCACACUGUCAGACCAUACAUCUACACACACGUUCCUGAGAAAACACACACACGAGCAGCCUUGAGUUGCCGACGCUGGACGACGUGUAGACUCUUCACAUCACGGGAGUGACAGUGACUCAGACGACAUUGGGAGGAAACCUGGCGGUGAUAACGAACCCCAAGUGUCUCUGUGAUCAGCUGAUCACAACCUGAAGAACCCCAACGAACUGUCAAGGUGUCAACAAACAGGUUGGAAACAAUCUAACACCACUGUUCAACAGGAAGAAGAAGACAUUGAAUGUGAUCCUGUUGUUUUAAUCUUCACUGUAUAUUACUUUAAUAUUCGCUCUAAAUUGUGUGGUUGAUUUACAUGUAUGCCUCUCUGUGAUUUUAUCCACUAUUUUUUAACAAAACAUUUUACAUUUCCACUUGAUUUACACUUUCGCACAAAUUUUUAUCUCCCUCUGACGCAAAAUGACAUCUACCAGACGAAGCAAGAUAAAAAUGAUUGUCAUAUCAACCAUUGCGGUGACAUGUGUGACCCUCCUGUAUCUCUGGAGGACUCACACAUUUGUUCAUUAUAGAUCCAAGCGCGAUAUUAAGGACCCUAAAGCCUGGCAGCUUGCCCAAAACUAUGUAAAUCAGAACCCCACAGGAAACUUAUGGUUAGCGUACCUCAAGUACACAUCUAAAACCCUCACAAACAAUUCAUGCGUCGCAUGUGCUGUAGCCAGACCCGAUCUCAUGGCUGUGCCCACUCCCUUUAACAGCAGUGAGUGUUACACCGAGCGACAACUGCAAAAUAAAGACACCGGGUGUAGAUACACUGCGGACCCCAGCACUCCGAGAUGUGAUCCGGCUUGCAAAAUGCGCGCCUUGCACAAUCUAGGCAAGGGUAUGGAGAUGUACAGUCCUGUCACACAUAAGAAAGUCGAGGUGGCCGACAUCAAGAUAAUGGAAAAGGAGCCUGCGGCUUCCUUGUAUUACACGGUGUGUACCACGUGUCAGUUUGAAUGUUUCACCUCCAGUCUCGACGGAGGAGUGGAUGUAGGCCACUUCCCCAAUUGCCACCUGACAUGGGACGUCUCCAACGCGCACGGACUUAACCCUGAAAACCAAGUGAUCCGGUUUGCAGUUCCGACAAACGCGGAUGCCGUCCCUUCGCCCUCAUAUACCUAUAGGAUUAAUAAUGUCUCACACGUUGCCCCAUCCUCCACUGACUUAGUCCAGCAAAGGAAGCCCUUGUCUGACAUGUGGUGGCUCUGUGGGGAUCACCCCAGGGCCACCUUACCAACCAAUUGGACCGGCACCUGUACUCAGGUAAUGUUCCUCACAGGGGGAAUACAUCUUCUACCCUCAGCUCCACAGAAACACUCACGCACCAGGCGCGGGGCUCCAGGCGGUUCCUUGGACCCCGAGCUCUACAUAGAUGCAAUAGGCGUACCACGAGGAGUGCCGGAAGAGUUUAAGGCUCGCAACGAGCAUGCGGCGGGGUGGACGAGUGCUAUUCCCUUUAUGGGCCCCAUAAUAGAGGUUAACAAGAAUUCGGCCUGGAUCAACUAUCUUUAUUACAAUCAACAGCGUUUCAUCAACAAAACUGCAGGCGGAAUGAGAGGCAUGUCUGGGCAGCUGGCUCCUACGUCUCAGAUGACUUGGCAGAAUAGAAUGGCAGUGGACAUGCUGCUGGCGGAGAAAGGAGGUGUCUGCGUUAUGUUUGGAGAAGCGUGCUGUACUUUUAUCCCUAACAACACUGAUUCUAAUGGCACUGUGACAAAGGCUAUUGAGGGCCUUGAGAGUCUUAGAGACGAAUGGGCUAGAAACUCCGGCGUUGAUCCGUCCCCUUGGGGCUGGCUAGACCAAACUUUUGGAAAAUGGAAAUCAAUUUUCAUGUCGGCAAUAGUCUCGCUUAUCAUCUUCAUGGCCGUGAUCAUGUUGCUUGGUUGUUGUGUUAUUCCUCUGAUUAGGGGUCUCAUCAUGCGUGCGACAUCAGCGGCGCUUUCGUACCAAAUGACACAAUGCACUACAUUCAGGAAUCCGGACACCGACUCACUCAUUGAUUCUGAUGCUGACUCUGUAGAGGAUGAUGUUGACGUUGAUAACGAGGACCACAAAGAUAACUCCACAAUAGUUUGAAUUACCAUACAAUCUUCUGCCCAUUUUUGCUUAACUGAACAUGAACUGAUUGAAAUCGCUUAUAGGCUUAUUUCCCUUUCUUUCCAGAAGCUCAUACACAAGGGUUAUUCUAGUAUAACUACCCGCAAAAACAGCUCACGAUCUUUUAUCCCUACGCCAUUUACAUUUGUAUAAGCAAUACGAUUAACGAAUCACAUGUUUGACAAUUUUUCUUCUUAGUGCUUGAUUAAUGUGUAAUCAAAAGGGGGGAGUGUCAUGGGAAAAAUUGUGUCUUCCUUAUUUCUAUGCAGUUAUUAUACGACUUAUGAUUUAUGUUUUGCAUUUAAUAUUUUAUGUCUUGUCUUACUGUAUGCAUUUCAAUGAUUGUCUCUGCCUGAUAGACUCUCGUCUCAAGCCUCCAAACCCAAGGCCAGGGUGUUGUGUCUCCCUGUAUGUUGAGACUUGGUGCUCCUUUCUCACAGAUGCAGGUGUGAGAAAGUAAAAAUCUUCACACACUGCGUCUGGGAGGAGAUGGUGCAUGUAAUUUGAUUGGGCUAGACAGACAUUCCACCCUAGUUGGACAGAGAAGCUAAAAGGCAGAAACAACUUGAGGAUUGUGUGAUCUUUGCAUUAUACCUCCGUGGUGUAUGUUCUGAUCUCCCCAGCUGGCUUUUUAUUUGCUUUCCUCAUUAUUGUUAUUUUCUUUAUUAUUUCAAUAAAUCGCACAAAAGGACAA